UGGGAAGGCGGUGGUGGAGAUGCGGGUGGAUGCGGCAGCAGCGGCGGCGAGCGACCUGCACGGAGAAAAAUCCUGCAGAAAUGUCUCUCUAUCCAUCUCUUGAAGAUUUGAAGGUAGGCAAAGUAAUACAGGCUCAGAUUGCCUUUUCUGCAAACCCUGCCAACCCAGCAGUUCUGUUGGAAGCUUCUGCCCCCAUCUCCCAAGAUGGAAAUCUCUAUCCCAAGCUGUAUCCAGAGCUUUCUCAGUACAUGGGCUUGAACUUAAAUGAAGAAGAAAUGUGUGCCAUGGUCCCUGGAGCGCCAGUGCAGGGGCAGUUGGUAGGAAAACCUUCCAGCAUGAACUAUAUGGUGGCUCCCGUAACAGGGAGCGAUGUUGGAAUUCGUAGAGCAGAAAUAAAACAAGGCAUUCGUGAAGUCAUUUUGUGUAAGGAUCAAGAUGGAAAAAUUGGGCUCAGGAUUAAAUCGGUAGAUAAUGGUGUAUCUGCUCAGCUAGUCCAGACUAACUCUCCAGCCUCUUCGUUUAGUCUGAGAUUUGGGGAUCAAGUCCUCCAGAUCAAUGGUGAGAACUGUGUGGGCUGUAGUUCAGACAAAGCACACAAAGUGUUCAAACAGGCUUUCGGAGAGAAGAUUACCAUGACCAUUCACGACAGGCCCUUUGAAGGGACAAUUACCAUGCACAAGGAUAGUUCUGGACAUGUCGGUUUUAUCUUCAAAAAUGGAAAAAUAACAUCCAUAGUGAAAGACAGUUCUGCUGCCAGAAAUGGUCUUCUGACUGAACAUAACAUUUGCAAAAUCAACGGCCAGAAUGUCAUUGGGUUGAAGGAUUCUCAAACAACAGACAUACUUUCAAUGUCUGGGACUAUAGUCACCAUAACAAGUAUGCCUGCUUUUAUCUUUGAACAUAUUAUUAAACGGAUGGCACCAAGCAUUAUGAAAAGCCUGAUGGAUCACACCAUUCCUGAGGUUUAGAAGUACGUAGCAUGACACAGAUGCAGCUGAACUUCUCCGGUUUCCCUCUUUAGCACCUUUGCAUCGCGUCCAUGGAGCUUUCCUGGAGCAGGGAACUCAUGCUGCAUGAGGACCUUCCUGUCUCACAUCAUGGCCGGGAAUCCUGACGGUUUUAUCCGAUACCGUCUUCAGAGAUCAAGAUAGCUAUAGCCUUAUCCUGGUUUUACAUGUAUGAAGCUCUCAGAAGAUGUACUGACUUUCCUAGAAGGGUUUCUGUCCUGGAAACCCAAUGCUUUAUAAACUGUGUACUUAAGGUGAUGGAUGCAGGCCUGGCUUUGCGUGAGAACCAGUCACGUUUGCUUUGGUAAUGCAUAUAGCGCUGUUCAAAUGA